CUUGGAUUUCUCACCGAAUACAACCACGUGCUUCAUUCAAAGUCAACCACAAAAAUCGUAUCAACCGGCGAUCUCCGGUUCUCUAAAAAGAAAUAGCUCCACGGUUCACCGACCCAACCAGUAACAAAUCAUACAAACUCUUAUACACGUCUGUGUUGGCCACACGUUUUAAUCAAAAUCAUCUCUCUGCAAAAAUUCUUCCGGCGUGAAGAACCAAAAAAAUUCUCAGGCUAAUUUGCUCAGAGAAAAGGAAAAAUCAAUGGAUCAAGAAUCAUCUCAGUGUCCCUUCGUUGCGGAAAGCAUCAUCCAAAAGUGCCCUUUCCUCAGAAACAUCAACAAGCCUACCAGCUUCUCCCUCUCCUCCUUGAGUUUCCCAGUUCCUGUGCACGAAGGUAGCAAAGGUCCUAUUUUUGAGGAUGGUCCGGGCUUUGAUUCAGCUUUCAAGCUCUUCCAUGGCAAAGACGGUAUCGUGCCGUUAUCUGGACAUUCUAGUUUCAGAGAUGAUGUUGAAGACGAGACUCCUCGUGCUGCUCCGCAGUUCAAUCCUCUUGCGGGGAAGGUAGCUACCAUAAGCCUAUCAGCUUUUGGUCCUGGAGGACCUUUUGGGUUUGGUCCUUUCUCUGACAAGUUCAAGAAACAACAUAAGAAACAAGAGUCUGGGGACUCAUCCAAGCACGAGGCAGUUGGAGACGAAUGGUUAAAAACAGGGAACUGCCCAAUCGCUAAAUCUUACAGAGCUGCGAGCAAAGUCAUGCCUCUUGUGGCGAAAGCAUUACAGCCACCGCCUGGUAUGAAGUUUAGAUGUCCAGCUCCUAUAGUAGCCGCAAGAGCUGCGCUUUCCAAGACCCCUUUGGUUAAAAGCCUUCGCCCUCAGCCUUUACCUGAAAAGAUGCUCGCAAUCGCUCUCAUGGGGAUGGCUGCAAACGUUCCCCUCGGUGUUUGGAGAGAACACACCAUUAAGUUUUCGCCUUCUUGGUUUGUGGCGGUCCACGCUGCUGUGCCUUUCAUAGCCAUGCUCAGGAAAUCUGUGCUGAUGCCUAAAGCAGCCAUGGCUUUGACCAUUGGAGCGUCCAUCUUGGGACAGGUGAUUGGGUCAAGAGCUGAACGUUACCGUCUCAAAGCGUUGGCUGCUAAUACAGUUGCUGAAACAUCCACUGUUACCGCGGGUGAUGGAUACAAUGAGGUCUCUGAUGGUUCAGGCUUUGCUAAAGGACAUUGUGGUGCAAGGGAAGGAGUGAAGGAGGUUUAUUACAAUGCGAAUGUUGGAGAAUCUGCUAAAUCAACUGGCCUCUGCUAUUGAUACAUGUUCUUAUUAAAACUACAAAAUUACUAUGUGAGGAUUGCAAUGUUUUGUGUGGGAAGGUUUUAUAGUUCAGUAAUAUUGUGUAAAACAGCCUUUUAUUCCUUAAAAAUUGGUUAUAAUAAAAGGUGAAUAAUUCCCCUGUAAAGACGUUGCUUGAAUCAGAUUAUGAUCACAGAAGUGUACUUU